AUGGAGGACAAGGUAUGGAACACGGAGGACAAGGUAUGGAGACACAUGGAGGACAAGUUAUGGAGACACAUGGAGGACAAGUUAUGGAGACACAUGGAGAUGGUAUGGAGAUACAUGGAGGACAAGGUAUGGGAACACAUGGAGGACAAGGUAUGGGGACACAUGGAGGGACAAAGGUAUGGAGAUACAUGGAGAACAAGGUAUAGAGACACAUGGAGGACAAGGUAUGGAGACACAUGGAGGGACAAGGUAUGGAGACACAUGAGAACAAGGUAUAGAGAGCAUGGAGGACAAGGUAUGAGACACAUGGAGGGACAAGGUUAUGGAGGCAUGGAGGACAAGGUAUGGAGACACAUGGAGGACAAGGUAUGGAACCAUGGGCAGUGCAAGAGACACAUGGAGGACAAGGUUGAGACACAUGGAGGGUUGGAACACAUGGAGAACAAGGUAUGGAGACACAUGGAGGACAAGGUAUGGAGACACAUGGAGGGAAGGUGGGAGACAAGGAGCAUGGAGGACAAGGUAUGGAGAUACUGA